CAAAAGGCCAAAACGAAAAUGCCAAUCUACGGCUCUGAUUUGCCAAAUGCUCCCCAUGAAUAAAGGAAUUCAUUAACUUCCAAAACUAUAUUAAAAUGAAAUUGAAAGCCGCCGUCCUCAAAUUCCUAAUCCCUCAAAGCUAAAGAACAGUAGACAGAGUCCACCACAGAGCUACCCUAUCUCUUUUUUUUUCUUCUUUUUUUUCCUAGUCGUUCGUUUGCCUGCGGUCAAGAAUUUUCAAUGGGGAAAUCGAACCCGGGAAAAACUGCGGCGGUGGUGGUCGCCGCCCUAGCUUUUGGAUGGGCCGCCAUUGAGCUUGCUUUCAAACCCUGGCUUGAGAAGACUCGCAAGGCCAUGGACAAGUCUGACCCCGCCGUCGACCCUGACGACGUUGACGACGCUGCUGCCAAAACUGAGCCACCGCCCGAAGUUAUCGCCGCCGCUGAAAAGGCUGUUGCCGAGGCCGAGACGGCUGCAAACCCUGAAGAACCGGUGGCCGCCGCUGAGUAAAUUAUUUGUCUAUUUUUAAUCGCGGGCUACGAUUUUGUUCGAAGCCCCUUUAACUAAAUUAUGGUAGGAAGAUUAUUAUUACUCACUGUUUUGCCAGGAUUGCGUGGUAUAUCUACUUUUGUGAUAUUUCUGCAACGCUCUUUUUUUAGUGCCCGCAAUAUAUCAAUAUGGAGUUUUAACUUGAUUCUGUCUCUGUCAUUUUGAUGAAUUGGUUCUACGAAUUACUUGCUGGUAGAGUUCUAUUUUGUUUUAAUUUAUGCGAUCUUUGUCAAAUUGCUCUUUUGAUAGGGGUUUUGCCAUUUGUGAGCACUUUUACAAACUCGUUUUGUUCGUCAGCGUUUUCUGACUAUUUUGAUGCGUGUGAUAUUUGUGAUUUUGGAAAUGCCCUGAAGAAUCGAGAAAGAAAUGUUAAACGUUAGGAUAGAUUUUACGGAGAUGAAAUUGGGUUGAAUGUUGGUAAUCUGAUUGUCUGUUGAAUUGAAGCUUUGACACAUAGUAGACUUGAUGUAACUGGAACUAUGUUGGCAAUAGGUCUAUAUUCAUCUUGUGACUAGUAUAGUUGGAAAUCGACCAAGAAUGAGCCAGCUUUAGUCUUCAGUGUUGUCUUUUGGAUAAUAGGUCAUGGAAUUAUUCUUUAGUAAUAGAAGAUGUAAUGGAAAUUGGUUUAAGCAUAACUAGAGUGGCCAAUUGGCGGUAGAAAUGUUAUUGCAUAGCCUCUUAUGAAGUGUGUGCAUGCUACAAAGCAUAUGGGUUGGCUGGUAAGCUUCCUAUUGGUGUAUGUUCUUGGUACAUUAUAUAUUGAAGCUGGAGUAAGUCAGAAGCGGUUCGCUUAACUCAAUGUGUUGAUGAGACUAGGGAUUCAAACCUACUUAGAGUGCAUACUGUGGCUCAACAUAGUGUGUUGGUUGGUACUUGGUGUUCACUUGAUCAAGUUCUAAUUUGGAAGCAUAGGAAUUUAGGGAUCCCCCUGUGCUGGGCUACUGGACUGCUUUUGAGGCCUUAGCUGCAGAUUUUGCCAUUUGUUGAGCACCAAAGUUGGUGAGAUUGAACAUUGGGCUCAUGCUAUACCGUGUUCCACUCUAGGGAAACUGGACCCAAAGUACUGCUUCUGGUCAAAUCUGUUGAACCAAUUUGAUCAGCCUGAAUUUGAUAAACUCCACUCUGAAUAGCAAUUAUUGUAUCAUAAGUUUAACACCUAAGUCGUGCUUUGUGGAGUAAAGACUUUAUGAGGCCAGUUUGGUAUCAUAAAGCUUUAAGGCAUAUUUUUACAUUUUUCCUUCUAUCCUUUUUAAGCUCAAAUACUGAGUCAAUUGUUAUUCGCAUUUUGCUACAUUGACCUCUAUUCAUGAUAUAUGUAAUAAUUUGCCCAGAUAAGAAGGAUCCACAAAUGAUCUAUACCAUUUCUAUGCGUUCUAUUUCAAAUUGCGGUUGGGUUUCAAGUGUUCCAUAAAAAUGAC